AGGGUAUAAUCGAAUUGACGCGAAGUACAAAUAUUAUUUCUGUAUAUACGUUCUUUUUUUUAUCAGUGCAUAGUCGACAACGACAACCAUCACAAUAACAACGACAUCAAAUGUCGGCAACACCAAAGAGGCCGCUCUCUGCGGCGCAAGGUCGGGGUACUCCAAAUGACAACACACCACCAACGUCAACGGGCCGACCUCGAGCAUCCACACCGACAUCUACCUCAAAUUCAAAUGGAACCGGAGGUGCUAGUACACCUCAGCGGACACGAUCUAUUCGAGGCGGUACCCCAAUGUCAGCGCGAGCCGCUGCUACACACCGAGCAACAUCAUCUCUAAGCAUUUCUACCACAAAUGGAAAUGCCGAUGCACGUGCUGAGACCAUUGCGCUGAUUGAAGACCUCAAAGAGCGGUUACAAAAGGCCGAUAUUACAUCCGAGCAGCAUAGAAAACAGGCAGAGGUCUUACAAACAAGACUUGAUGAUGCUAUUAAAGAGCAGGCCAAAUUAGAAGAGCGGGUACACGAAAGUGAAGAACAAAUCGAGUCACUUCGAAAUGAGAAACGGGAAGCCGCACGACAGAUGCGGGAGAUGGAAGCCAUCUAUGAAGCCGAGCGGAGUUCAAUGAUGAAAGAGAAGGAAGAAAUGGCAAACCGGGAAGAAGAGAUGCAGGCCGUGAUUAAUAGGCUUAAAGAGACUCUUAAUCAGCGGAAUGCGGACGACGAGUACCGGCCGACAAGACAAUCAAACAAUUCUUCGCCCAGUGUCGACAAUGGGAACUUUGCCCCGCCAUCUUCGGUCCAACGAAGCGAUUCUCGGAAUAAUUCGAAGCUACUCCUUCAGAAGGACAAAUUGAUCGAAUCUCUACGUCUCGAACUCGCGGAGGCCCAAAUUAAGCUCGUCGAGUCCGAGAACCAGGGUGGCGGCCGAUUACAUGAAGUCGAACGUCUACUCAUGGAGGCCCGAAUGGCCAACGCACGAUUGAUGGAAGAUAAUGAGUCAUAUCAACUACUUCUCCAAGAAAAGACGCUCCACGGCGAUUUCGGUAAGGGAGACUUCAGCUACAUGAAUGUAGCGGCCAACCAAGAUGCCCUAAACGCCCUCGAAGGUCGGUCCAACGCUGGUGAUAACCCUAUUACGCCAGCCACUAGCCUAGCCGACGAGCUGGGUGCCCUCGGUGGUGAUGAGUCUCCUAAGGUUGGCCCCGAAGAUGAGAAUGCACGACGUCUAGAGGCAGAGUUGCGCGCGGCUAAGGACCAGAACAAAGCCCUCACGUUGUAUAUUAACAAGAUCAUCGAGCGGCUACUUCAAAACGAUGAGUUUGAGCAUAUCCUCGACCAGUCGUCCGAUUUCAAGCCUGGCGCCAACGUCCACAAAGAACUACCCCCUCCACCGGCAGCCGACGCCCCAGGUGUAGGGGCGUCGCUGCUCCAGCGAGCUAAGUCCAUCGCUACCGGCGCUGGCGCCCCGCGGCCCAAGCCACGUCCUAUGACCAUGUCAGCAUCGCACCACUUCCAGCCACAACUCCCGGGCCAAGGUCCUUCUGCCCACAGCAACCCCGAGACGGCACCUAGUAUCCCGAUCUCCGGCCUCGGCCGAUCCCACAGCACCGCUCGCCGACCCGGCGGACGCCCCAUGAGCGAGCAACUCACAGGCGCCGCAGGCAUCAUCAACGCCAUGUACAAGGGCCCCGACGGUCCUCUAUCUCCUACCCUCAGCACAGCAUCCUCCUCAGCGCGCCACUCGCAGACUUUUUUCUCUGGGCCUGGGGGCCGGGCCUCGAGCGCGGCAUCCAACGGCGGUGGCAGCGCGGGCAACUUCCCGGGCAUGCGCAGCGAGACCAGCAGCGUGAGUGGGGACUCGGCGGCCGAGGGGACGACGGCGACGGCGACUACAGCGAGUCAGAGUCCGCCCCGGACUAACGGGAGUGCGGAGAAGAAUACUACGCUUGCCGGGAAUAAACCGCGCCCGUUGAGAUUGGUGCAGGAGAAUAAUGCGGCGAAUGAACAUGCGGGGAACAAGAGGAGUAGCUGGAUGGGUUGGGCGCAGAGCGCGUGGGGGAAGAAGGAUGGGGAUGAGAGUGUGCGGUGAAGAGGAGCAGGCGAGGGGAGAGAUUGAGAAGGGGAAGGGGAUGAAUCAGGAGAGAGGAGGUAAUGAUUGAUCGAAUGCAU